GUAUUAUUAAAAAGAGUGAUUUUGUUCAACCACAUCAAAUUAAAAGCUUCUAUAAAUAGAGGGUAAUUGAAUAGUUAGCAAUAUUUACUUAUGGUCAUUCAUGACAAUGUGUCAUUGUCAAAACAUUGUGUUGUUGCUACUAAGGUCAAAUCUAUGUUGGGCCAUUUUUAUUGUGAGCAUUGUGUCCUCACAUAUCCAUUGUGCUUGUGGGUUUGAACCUUUGCAUUGAUAGUGAGUGUGCUUUCAUGUUAAGAAUGAUGUCCCUCGAUUGUGGCCUCACCAAGCAUGGGCUAGGCUAAAAAAUCCAAAGGUUUUAAUAGAAAAAAUAACAUUUACCUAUGGUUUCAACAAAAUAUAAUUGGCUAUAAUGAUUGCAACAUCUAUUUCCAACUCCCAACAAUAGUUAUAUCCUUGCUAUUCCAUUUCUUGAUGGUGAUUGUAAUACAUGGUGUUUUCAUGUUGGAGGCAAAUUCUUCUAUUUGUUGUUUGUUAGAUAUAACAUUUAUGUAGAGGAUGGGAUUGUGGGAGUUCACGGGACGAUUGCUUCAAUUACAAACCUUGGUGACAACCACCCCACCAUUUAUGUCAGUGGUUUGUUACAAAUGCGGUUGCCGUUGCACUAAAAGAUCGACCUGUUAAUGCCCGAUAUGACCAUUAGACUUAUAGAAGCCACAUGAGGUGGUUAAGCCAUUUCACAAACCUGAGCGUUGCGUUGCACAACACAAGGAGAUCAAGGGCGUACACCUUGCAACAAUACCCCUAGUGUAGCGAAGGGUUUGAACUUGUGACCAAGCUUUGAUACCACUUGUUACAAGUGCAGUUGUUGUUGCACCAAAAGAUCGACCUGUUAAUGCUUGAUACAACUGUGUAGGGGAAAAAAGCGAGACUAGGUUAACAUGCCCUAAUCCUACCUUUUGACACACAUUAUGGAAUACGAAAGAGCCUAGAGGUAUCACACAAUUGGCUACUUUUUCUUGUGAAAGAGAGAGCCACGGGCUACCUAUUAGGAUUUCUAUUCCUUUGUUGAAAUUGAAAGAUAAAAUGAUGCAAGUUCAAGUCCUAAUCCCAAAAUGCAUGUACGAACUAAUAACAAGAUUGCAGAAUUGAGAUUAAACAAUGAACAUCUAUAAAUACAAGGACGAAAUAAGAAUGCAGAUGCGUACCUGGAGUCAAAAUCUGAUUGAAAAUGUUCGAGAUGGGGGCACGGGCGCCACUGUCUUGAUACUGUGCCAGGAACUGCUCAUGAAACUGUUGUCUUGCACUCUGGAAACUGUCGGAAAUGCUGUCUGUCAGGAGGACCAGGGCGCCCAGCGCCUCUGUCCCAGGGACCAGGGCGCCCAGCGCCCCUGUCCUGGCAGGACCAAGGCGCCCCACGCCCUUGUCCAGGUCUUUUGCUCUGCAAUUUGGUAUGAAGUGCUGUCUCGACCUGCUUUCCCCGGAUCUGUAACCUGCGGCGUCAUCCGAGUCUCGAAACCUGCACUUAUAUCUGAAAAGGGUAUGGGCGGCUAUAUAGGGUUUUGCCUUAGUCAAACCCCCGCUUCGGUGGUUUCCACCUACACGAAUAGCCAAGUUGUAUUGUGUGUGCAAGGUCCUAAAAUGCAAGCAAGCAAACUAGAGCAACCUAGAAAGUAAACCCUAAUUGCUUGUAAAUGACGAUGUAAAUGCUCUAAAUCAAGAUGCAAAGUGAUCUAAAGCAUGAAUAAAUGAUAUAUUGAAGCUUAUGCAAAGACAUGAAAACAACAUGAAAUCAUACCCAACCCCCAAGGGAGGAGUACAAGCCAAUCUUCAGUCGGUAAUCUCCUAUUGUUCUUCAAUGUCUUCCAAGCCUUAAAUGGAUGAAUGAAAUUGAUAAAUGCUUGAUAGAGGGAUGUUGAAUGUUGUUGAAGUCUUCAAAGAUCUGCGCUUUCGCUGCAUAUGAGGUUCCUGAAAACAAAAAUCAGAUCCUUUCAAAUGAAGAAAGAGAGCUCUUAUGUAUGAAACCCUAGGUUGUAAUUUCAUUUUUUGGCCGACUUAGAGAUUGAAUUUCCCGCCAAUUUCUUGGGGUUAAGCUUUAUUUUAUGAUUGGAUUGUGCUCCUAAAAUUUCGGAAAAAAUGUUCGGGACCAUGUGCACUCCGGGCGCCACGGUCCCGACAACUUUUCACCAAAUUUUCAGGGCCGUCGGAUAUGAUGAUUUUAGAGAGAAUCCCGAAGUUACAGGUGAUUUCAAGAUGUUUUGACCCCCGAAACCAAGCCCCCAAGUUCAAAAUAGGACUUAAUUAGGGUUUUUGAUUGAGUGAUGUAUUGGAGGAAUAAAAUGAAAAGGGCACACUUUAAUGAAAGGGCCCAACUUUAUGAUGCAAAGGACGAUGAAAUAGGACCUUAGACCUAAUUAAUUUGAUUAAUUAAGUGCUAAAGGAGAAAUGCAAUGCAAAAUGUAAAAUGCACCAAGGCGGGUGCUAAACUAGGUGUGAAAUUGUACCACCCUAGCAAGUGCGUACAAUUUACGACGCUACAUUUAGCCCCCACUUUAGUGGUCAUAUGAGUACUACGUGCAUAUGCAAGCUAAAGUACAGAAAAAGUAAACAUCAUUUGAAAAAUGAUAUAUCCAUAAGUUGUUGGAUGAAGCCCCCAGCGGUAUCUGCAGUACACAGUUAGGAACCACAUCCUACAAAACACACGUUAGAUCACAAAAUCACCUAAUGCUUACUAAGGAAAGUGAUGAAAUUUGUGAGUAGCUAUAUGCCCCCCCUGUUUCGACUUGCUUAUUAGGGAGGUGAAACAGGGUAACAUGUUUACUUACGACAAAUUGUGUAAGAGAGUAUUGAUGAGGGAUGUUCACCGAAUAGGCUUCAUCAGAGCACUUUUUGGAACAUCCCGAGAGUAGGGGAAUGAAAAUACGAUUCCCACGCAACAAACAGCUCGAAAAUCGCAUCUCCCAAACUCAAGUUAUGAUGAAAUGAGUGAUAAAGGAAAAUGAGGGUUUCGAAAGUAAAGGUAAAGGAAUGAAAGUAUAUACUUUGAAAGUGACAUUUGCAUUUGUCACUUUGUUGAUUUCGGAAUACUGUUCAUUGCAGCGGAGCCCACAUAGCCAUCAUCAUGCCUUCACGACGACCGGAGCGUCCCACGAGGAUUGAGAUCCUUCGCCAGGCCGUGAUCGACGACGAGCCACUGGACGAUGUGAGUUGACUGAACGUUGACUUUUGAUUUUCUGCAUUUGACUUUCUGUGAUCGUUUGCGGGCCCUGAAGUCUGACCCUGGGCCCCACCCAGGGCGCCAUGGUCCCUGACAGGGAGCCAUGGUCCUAAUAAGGGCGCCAUGGUCCCAAUCAGGACUUGGCGAGGGAUUUCGGGGUGAGCAUACGAUGUUCGACAGUUUGCAUGAGUGAUUUUGAUGAUUGAGUACUGAUUACAGUUAUGUUUUUGUGUUGCAGGGUCUCCCAUACAUGAGAGAGCAUACGACGGGACAGAUUCUUCGCAGUUUGCGAGAUCAGAUUCCGCGGCUGACUUAGGCAGAGAGAGACACAUUGUCGAUCGUGGGAUUAUGGUAUGCGAUCCUCAUGCUAGCCAUUCGGUUCCAUCCUGCAAUGCUGAUGACAUUGAUGGAGCGAUGGGAUCUUGACACAUGCACAUUUCAUCUUCCAGUAGGGAAGCUGACGGUUACACUUGAGGAUGCGUACCGCAUAUUUCGUCUUCCUAUCAGAGGAGCUACUGUGACAUACGCGAUCGAUCGGUCAGCGGAGGACCAUCAAGAGAGCAGGAAUAUUGCAUAGGGAGAGUCAUGCCGAGCGAGACGAGAGGUCGCAUCAUGGUCAGCUGGCUCUUACAUCCUACAGGAGAGGUGCCCCUUGUGAGACGCCUUAUGAUCGCCAUCAUAGCACUAGCCGUCUGCCCUAAUGGGUGAGGUACGCAUAUGCAUGGGGGUCUCACAUGGUGCAUCAGAGCUAUGGAGAGACACAGGAGAGUAUAUGCUUGGGGUCGGAGUAUGCUUGCACAUCUCUAUCAUGACCUUGAGGAGUAUGUGUUUGGACAGGGUUGCAGUUUGAUGACAUGCACACUUCUGCAGGUGUGGAUAUUUGAGCACUUCACAUGCACCAGGCUUGUCGGCUUUUAGAUGAGUACGGCUAGCGAGCGACCUAGGGUGUUUGCUUAUCCACUUACCAGCGAGUGGAGAUUUGGAGAUCUGUUAUAUUGGAGAGUGAUAUUUGAUAGAUUGACAGGCGAGGUGACAGUAUGGAGACCCUAUCUGCGGAUGCACAGAUGGGAUGGGAUGGAGAGACAGUUAGCAUGCUUACAGAGGAACCGCCUACUGCGGGGACAAUAUUCACAUAUCAUAGUCUCAUUCUACUUCGACCGAGUACGGAGGCAGUUUGGGCUAGAGCAGUGUGUUCCAGCCGAUGUGCCCAUCUAUAUUCGACACACACGAGUCCUUCCUAGACCUAAAGCAGUAGCGAGACCGACGAUAGAUGACAUCGAGACUACAGAUAUAGAGGGAUUUGAUCAGGAUGUAGUCACUGAUUACUCUGCAAAGCCUGGAGCAUAGCGCAGGUAUAUCUCAUGGUUUAUGAGAUCAUACCCAAGGCCUAUCUUUCCACCAGAUCACCCGACAGACCAUCCAGGCCCAUGGAGACAUGGAGACCGAGAUGAGGACCAGGGAUCCAGGUCAGAGGAGCCAGAGGAGGGAGAGGGUCAUGAGGAGGCAGGAGAUCCUGAUCCACCCACAGGAGAUCAGCCUAGUGCCGAGGAGGAGGAGGAGGAGGAGGAGGACACAGAUAGAGAUGAGGAUGAGGAAGAUGCAGGUGAGGAUGCGGACGAGGACGAGGAUGAGGAUGACGAGGAGGAGGAGGAGGAGGAGGAGGAGGAGGAUAGAGAUGAUGAGGAGGGGUCAGAUGCUGCUCCCCACCAUUCAGGAGAUGAUACCAUAGCUCUGGAUCCUCCUUUUAUUCCCCAAAAGGGGGAACACGAGGCGAUACGGAGACCUGUUUCUAGUACCGUCCAGUCUACACCCGUCGUGCACAGAUUAUUCGAGCGAGGGGAGCCUAGUAGUUCUCAGUCACAUAUGCUACCAUAUCAUGAUCCCUACUGGCGUGAGGGAGAUCCAGCGAAUGUGCAGGAGUGGCGUUCCCUGAUUCAGCAAGCAGUGAUAGACAUUUCCACAAUGGCACAGAUCUCCAGUUCCUCACAGAUUGCUUAUAGACCUCAGGGGAACGCGGGUCAGCAUGAGGACUUGUUUUCCCCAUUCCGAGUACAGGUAGACAUAUGGAGGGAGAGAGAGAGAGAGACCUAUCAGAGGACCUUCAACGAGCGCGGCGAGAUCUAGCAGCUGCUCAGGCCAAGGCUACCUCCUAUCGCGCGAUCCUUAUGGAUAGGGAUCGUAGGAGUUCCUUUCGGAGUCACUCGCGGUCUAUAUCGCGCUACACACCUAUGGGUCCACCUGCACAACCGGAUCAGGAGGGAGCAUCUAGUCGACACUCUCCAGCCACCAGCCCUAGGGAUAGGAGAUGAUUUUAUGAUGUAGGAUAGGUCAUAUUUUGGAUGUACAGUGACCUAUAUUUGUA